GACAAACCGCUCCAAGUGGAGAAUUAUUCGGGGCUAAAGAAAAAAUCUUCGGUGCUACAGCCCUGAAUACCAAGGACUGGUUACGCCCCUGGUGUGAGCUAAUGUCCCAUCAUUUCCAUCUUCCCACAGUCUUCCUAUAACAUAGUUUUCCAAGCCCUAUUUUCAGUUACUGCUGUGUUGAAGAAUUUUUGUAUACAGUAGACUUUCAAGACAUGGAAUCCAUGUGUGGUUGGAUCUAAGCUUGGAUACUCAGUUGUCCUCUUGUUUGCUUGUUCUUCUCAUUUCCAGUUCUAACUAUGUCUUUUUUCCUGCUAGAUCUUAUAUGACAUAUGUUAUUUUCCCAAAUGAUUUUUUUUUUUAUGUCAGCCUGCACAACAGGACCUUGUUUAUGCGAGUGUGUGCAAAGAUACAAUGUAAUUACAAAAUCUUACAUGCAUAUUAAUAUAAAUAAUAAUUAGCAACAGGUGAUACUUCCUCUGUCUUUUCUAACACUCAUUUAUGUGUAAGAAUGGUAUAGGAAAAGAAAUUCUGGAGCUUAAACAAGUUUUCAACCAAUAACAGCUUCUGCGUGUCUCAGACAAAAGAGUGCAUCAGAGAGAAACAAAGUGAUGCAUGAGUGAAGUCGUUUUCAACCAAUCGCGUGCUCGGUGGGCGGAGCUAUGCUAAUAUCUCUUCAAAGCGGAUGCUAGUUUAUGAACAGCUGGAAGAAUGAAGUGUAGUAAAGCAUCGCGAAGACACAGAGCUGCUGAUUGUCCCGUACUGUUCAACAUUGCAGCAUCAGAACCAUUCUCUGGAAAAGAACAUCAUGGGGCGAAAGAAAAUACAGAUCUCACGGAUUCUUGACCAACGAAAUCGUCAGGUGACGUUCACCAAGCGUAAAUUUGGCCUGAUGAAAAAGGCCUACGAGCUGAGUGUGCUGUGUGACUGUGAAAUUGCUCUCAUCAUCUUCAACAGCACCAAUCGUCUCUUCCAGUACGCCAGCACUGACAUGGACAAAGUGCUCCUCAAAUACACUGAGUACAGCGAGCCUCAUGAGAGCCGCACCAACAAUGACAUACUCGAGACCUUACGUAGGAAAGGGCUGGGCCUGGACGGAGCUGAGCUUGAACAUGAGGACAACAUGCAGACAGGCCAGGAGAAAUAUCUACUGAAUGAGGGCAUGGAUCUCUCCAUCGCCAGGCAACGUUACUAUGCUCCCUCUGUACAUCCAUCAGAGGCUCAAAUGUUAAUGGGCGUUGGCUGUGAGAACGGUUACCCAUCAAACAUGAAUCUGGGAGCAAACCGACCUUCAUCCUUCAAGCCUCUCAGCUCCAGGCCUGGAUCUGCUGCUCCUGCUGGAGCCAACACACACGCCGCACUCAUGGGCACACACGCAGGCUUUGGCUACUCAGUGUUUUCCCAUGGCAACCUGAGCCGAGCGCUGGAUAUGAAGACCCCGCCUCCGCUGAGUUUGACCAAUGACGGGCGGCGUGGGGAGGUCCACCCUGGAGUGGGUGUAGCCCGCGGCAAUCUGACUAAUGCGAGAGCGCUGUAUCAGAGCAUGCAUUCUGGAGGCCACAUGGCGUCCACAGGGAAGCCCUGGAAUUAUGGGACUUCAGAGUUUUGCCACCCGGGAUACACAGUGGGUUUUCAGCGUCGCUCUGCAAACACCUGGCAGCCUCUCACACAGCAGGAGCCACAGCCAUCUGUGAUCCACGCAGGGAUGUCUACAGGUGGAGGAUGUUUUUACUCUUCCCAAGGCUCCUCCCCCUCAUCCCCACCUCUCUCCUCCCUCAAACUGAACAUCAAAUCAGAGUGCGUCUCUCCUGAACAUACGUGCUCCCCGGGCACACCUUCUUCCCAUCAUUCACCAGUGGGUGGUCCUGACGGGAUGAGCCAGCCUCCAGGGCCGUACGUGGACAUGGACAGAGAGGAGAGUGAGAUGAAUUUGAAGCACGUGGAGGUCGGUGACGGUUGGCAGAGAUAGCAAACACGCAUCAUUGUGUACACAGCCGACCUUUUAUUAGUUGGAAUGUCAAACUAUGCAAAACCAGCUUUGACAAGAAAAAUACACGUAUAGUACAAUGUUAAUGUAACAGUGUUUCCAUUUCCAUUCCGAAAGGCAACUUGAACCUGAUUGUUCUAAGCAUGUUGCCUUUUAAUAUGAAAACUUGAUCAAGACCAGUUAUGGACCAAUCUCUUCACUGGUUUAUAAGAAAUUACUGCAAAGCGAUGAGAGUUGCUUCAUAACAGAGCCCUAAUAUAAUACAACACCUUACUCUUCAGAGCCAUGGUGUUGGGUUUUUUCCCCAUCCACAUCUGAUUGAGGAUUUGAAUAAUUUGAAAAGGACAUGCUAGAAUUUCUAAAACCGCUCUUGCCUGAUAUACCAAAAACUGUCAGGGACUCCUGUAAACAUUUGAAUCAAUCUGUACUGCAGCUUAUGCACUGCCGCAUGUUACUUACUGCUCAUCUUGUACCAUUUAUAUGGAUUUACAGUAUAUAUAAAGUUGUUUUUGUCUGUAGAAGCUUAAGGAGCCGGCUGUUCACUAUAUUUUCCACAAGAGGGCAGCACAUAUCAGCCACUGAGCAUGUGGCCCAGUUUUUGGUUCAGGUUCUUGUGCGAAUUAUUUCCAUUUUGUUAAAUAAAUAAAUUAAUAAAAACUUUU